AUGUCGUGUUGCGGCACUGUUGCCCAAAAUAUAUAUCAUGAGGGUGUAAUGCGGGGUAGUCCUCUAUCGGCCUUUAUCACGUCCCCAGAUUCUGCCUCUUCAACCAUGGGUAUAAUCACACCGGGCGUUCGAUUUCUAGCCAAGUGGACUCCUGUGCUAGGUGCCUACGGGGGUGUUACGUUCGCCCUGAGCUCCGUCGCGGCAGCUCACUUUUCCUACGAACCUCCAACAUGGACUCUUGUCGCUGGAACAGCUCUCAGCGUCCCGGUUCUCUCCUCAAUCUACGUCAUCUUCUUGAAGAUUAGGAAAAGUCGUCAGGCAGCAACUUACGGGGCGCGAAUCGUACCCGAGGCCCAAGGAAAGGUCAUCGGAAACCUCGACGUUCUUCAGCAGAUGAUGGAGAAGCUAAAGACGGGUUAUCCAGGUGAUGGUUUACUGGAAUUGCUCGAACUGCGGGGACCUGUUGUGAAUUUGCGGGUUCUGUGGUCGGACCUCAUUUUCACGGCGUCUCCGCAACAUAUCAAGACGAUCCUGGCCACAGAUUUUCAGAAUUACGUCAAAGGCGAACGCUUCCAUUUUAACAUGGAAUCAGUGUUGGGCACUGGUGUCUUCAACUCAGAUGGCGAAAUGUGGAAAUUCCAUCGGUCGAUUACACGGCCAAUGUUCAGGCGCGAACGAAUCAGUCACUUCGAGUUGUUCGACCGGAAGGCCAUGCAAGUGAUCUCGAAGAUGCGUGAGCGUCUACGAGAGGGUUACGCAGUUGACUUCCAGGAUGUGAUGUCCCGAUUCACCCUCGACUCCGCGACAGAGUUCCUCUUCGGCAAUUGUGUUGAGAGCCUCUCCGCCGGUCUUCCAUACCCCCACAAUGCUGUCUACCCUCCUCCCUUACCCCGAACUGCCCGCGGCGAUGCUGCCAACGCAUUCGCGACAGCUUUCCUUGAGGCUCAGGCGAUUAUUUCUAUCAGAGAACGCUACGGCUGGGUCUGGCCUCUGGCCGAAAUCUUCGAGGAUAAGAGCGCUGAGCCGAUGCGUAUCGUUAACUCUUACAUCGAGCCCAUAGUCAAGGAGGCUUUGACCAAGAAACGGGCUUCUUCCAACCAAGAGAAAUUGGAGGAGAGUGACAACGCCACUCUUUUAGACCAUCUGGUUCGCGUGACUGACGAUCCUGUCGUGCUGAAAGAUGAGAUCUUGAACAUCAUGAUAGCUGGAAGGGACACGACCGCGGCCACUCUUACCUUUAUUAUAUACUUCCUUGCUCUGUACCCUCAAGUGAUGACACGUCUCCGAGAAGAAAUUCUCGCCAAAGUUGGCCACUCUCGCCGGCCAGAUUAUGACGACGUCAGAGACAUGAAGUACCUCCGAGCUGUCCUCAACGAAACCUUACGCCUUUACCCUAUUGUUCCAUUCAACGUCCGCGAGAGCGUCAAUGCAACCACUUGGCAGUCCGAUGACCCCACCCAGAAGCCUUACUUCAUUCCUGCAGGAACUAAAACCGCUUACUCCGUCUUCAUGAUGCACAGACGCAAGGAUCUCUGGGGCCCUGACGCCGAGGAAUUCGAUCCUGACCGCUGGCUCGACGAGCGUCUCAAAACUUACGUCUCGAAGAACCCAUUCAUUUUCCUUCCUUUCAAUGCUGGUCCUCGAAUCUGUCUCGGUCAACAAUUCGCAUAUAACGAGAUGUCCUUCAUGAUCAUCCGCCUGCUUCAGAGCUUCAGAUCAAUCGAGUUAGAUCUAAGCUCUGCUCCUCCCGAGGCCCAUCCUCCUGCAGAAUGGGCUGAGACAGCCGGUAGAAAGGCUGUCGAGAAAUUAUUCCCGAAGAUGCAUUUGACAAUGUAUACCAAUGGUGGACUAUGGGUCAAGAUGCAGGAAAGCGACGGAACGAAUUGA